GUGCGGGGGGGGAGUUGCCUUCACGGAUGUGUUCCUGCGCUCACAAGACGGAGGUGUGGUGUGGGUCCGUCUUUCCAGUGUUUGCAUCUAAUCGGAGGAGAGAAGCGAUAGGCUACCUUCGGAUGCGAACGUGCAAUCAUGUCACGAGCACAGGGCUGUGCAACGAGAGCAUCUGAAUAAUCCAUAGAGGAGAUAAGCGGACUCUAAAGGAAUAAAGCAAUGGGUGGCCAGAUAACGCGAAAUGCCUUUUACGACUCCCUUGGUGGCCCCUUCCCUUCCACGUCACACCGGUGUCAUCACAAACCCAAGAGGUGCCUGCCUAUCCAGUGUGGCAGUGUCGGUGGGCCUCUUCCCAUCAGCCCACUUCUCUUCCAUCCAAAUGCCAAGGGUUCCCAAAUUGUCAUGGACCUUGCCCAGAAGAUAGUCAAGAGGCAGGCCAGCUUCUGCAACGCCAUCACCUUCAGUAACAGACCCAUAGCGCUAUAUGAGCAAGUCCGCCUCAAGAUUACUAAAAAGCAGUGCUGCUGGAGUGGGGCUCUGCGCCUGGGCUUCACCUCCAAAGACCCAUCCAGGAUAAACCCAGACAACCUGCCCAAGUACGCCUGCCCCGACCUCGUGUCCCAGAGUGGCUUCUGGGCCAAGGCCCUGCCUGAGGAGUUUGCCAAUGAGGGCAACGUUAUCGCCUUUUGGGUUGACAAGAAGGGCAGAGUCUUCUACCGCAUAAAUGAGUCCAGUCCCAUGCUGUUCUUCAGUGGAGUCCGCACAGCUGAGCCUCUCUGGGCCCUCAUUGAUGUUUACGGUCUGACCCGUGGAGUGCAGCUGCUAGGCAGUGAGAUUGUUCCUCCCGACUGCCUGCGCCCACGCUCCUUCACCACAGUGCGCUCUUCUUCCCUGCGACGUGAAGCAGACGACUCCCGUCUGUCCGUCAGCCUGUGUGACCUCAACCUGCAGCAGGAAGAUAGAGGCAACGCACACAAUCACUCCCACCGCCACACCCUCCACCUGGCCUCAGCCUCCUCCUCCUCCACCUGCCCCAUCCCCCAGAACUCCCUCAACUCCCAGCAGUCCUCUCUCCUGCCAUCUGCCCUGGAGAGUGACCUCCACUUCCACCAGCUGCGCGGCGCCCACAUCAAGACUCUGGAUGAGCAGACGGUGGCACGGUCCGAGCAUGCGCGCGAAGAGCGCACGCUGGUCUUCACCAACCGGCCCCUGCGCACCGGAGAGACCGUCUUCAUCAAAGUCACUAAAUCCAGCCCGGCACGCUCGGGCUCCCUGUCCUAUGGCGUGACGUCCUGUGACCCGGCAGUGCUGCGCCCCAGUGACUUGCCCUACAAUCCAGAGGCUCUGGUGGACAGGAAGGAGUUUUGGGCCGUGUGUCGGGUGCCCACACCUCUACAAAGCAGUGACAUUCUGGGCUUCUUGGUCAACCAGGAAGGGGAGGUGAUCCUCAGCCACAACGGCACUAAUGUGGGCAUGCAGGUGUGUGUAGACAACUCCCGCCCACUCUGGAUGUUCUUUGGUCUUCAUGGGGCUGUGACUCAACUUAGGAUUCUGGGUUCCACUCAUGUUGGGGAUCCGCGGGCCGCAUCAAACCCCAGCUCGCCAUCUUCUUCCCCGCACACCCCCAGUGCCCUGGGCAGUGGCAGCUCUGAUCCGGUCCUGAACGGAGGCCUGUGCUCUGCCGCGUACUGCAGCUCAGCAGGGGGUACAACCCCAAAUUCACCAGUCAGCCUCCCCAAGUCACCUACGUUCCCAUCAGGGCGCGGGCCUUGGUCUGACGAGUGCUCUAUCUGUUAUGAGAACAUGGUGGACACUGUCAUCUACGCCUGUGGGCACAUGUGUCUGUGCUACACUUGUGGCCUCAAACUCAAGAAGAUGUCCAACGCUUGCUGUCCAAUCUGCAGAAGACAGAUCAAAGAUAUUAUCAAGACCUACCGCAGCACGUAAGGGGGGCGGUGGCAAACGGACGGACGGCCUCCUUCAGAACUGCGAAAUGCCAGAGUCAUGGAAAGAAAAGUCUAACUCAAUGAAUGUGACCUCUGCUGGUACUUUGAUUUGGUAUUUUCAUACAAUUACUGUUGGUUGGUUUUCUUGCAUGACCUUUUCCAAAGCUGAUACCAUUUCACCGGGAAGGUCUCUUUCACUUUAGAGUCGUUUGUCGCAGUCUCCCCUGCUGAGGCGGCACUUCAAGUUCCACUUAGAACGUUAUUCUUGUCAGAAGUGUUUGCUCUCUCCUGGGAACUCUGAAUACUUUGAAGACGAAAGAAAAACUCAACCAAUUCUAAAAUUCUCUUAUUUGUUGAGUCAUGUUGUAAGAAUUAGGGACAAACACUCAUUUGCACCAAAGCAAAUGAGUCUCUUUGGGGCUGAAUGUCUCAAUAAUAGCUCUUUUAGAGGAUGACUGAAGCUCUGAAAUAUGCUGUCAACCUGAUGGAUAUUUCAGACUUUGCCAGUCAAUAAAAUAGCACACCCGCAGCAGGUAAUCAGUUCAGUAUGUCACAACUUGUGUCUGUGUGUUACUGAGCAUUGGAAGUGAGAAGUCAGUUUGGCAUUGUAAUGAUGAAGUGAUGGAUUUCUAUAAUCGUCGUGGUGAUCAGUUAGUUAUGUGUUUAGAGAUGCAAGGCGGUGCUGAGUAUAUUACGUAGGAUUGUUACUAGUAUAAUCUAAUGUACCUUUAUGGUCGUUCUAUUGCAAGUGUCAGUGGUUGCUAUAUUGUUGUGCUAGCUAGCUGCUUGCUCUGCAAUGUGCACUGAAAUCGGCAUCGUCCUCUCAAAAAUACCCUGUUACUGACAGGACUGUUACUGAGAGGACAAAGACAUUCAUUGGUUCAAACUAUCUACAGACCUGUGUCCGCUCAGCAGACUAAGCAGCUCCGAUUUCUCGAAAAGAAACAGGAAGUGGAAACAAAAAUACCAGUAAUUUGGAUUCUCCUCAGGGCCAAUGAUAUUUUUUUAAAGAUGUGAAUAUUUUCCCAGACUCUACCUAUAACCAUGCCUAAUACACUGUGAGCACUCAUGACGAAUUGACAGAUCCUCAAAAAUAGCUCCCAUAACAACAGUCAAAGGAUUGUUGCCAUGGUAUCAGAAGCCACUACAGAUACAACACAGCCUCCUGCCUUAAUACACGGAGGGUUCAUUUGUCACAUGCAGAUGUAUCAUAUUCUAUUUUUUUUUUUGCCAUUUUCCAAAACCCCUGACAAAAUAGUUACCAAAUAAUGUUGUUGUGUGGCGCAAACUGUCACAAAACUUUCACUCAGUGGAGAAAAAGCACACAAAUUUAAAGCUAUUUUUGUAAUAUAAAUCCAUGACAUUUCCAAUAUUUAACUAUUAAAAUUUAUAAAAAUCUUUUGUGACAGGACUUUCACCAGCAGCAGAGAUCCUUUACAAAAAUCAGUUCAGCGGUAGGGGUAGAAAACACUCAUAUUUUGAAUAUUUGUAUUAUUCCUAUCCCCUAAUUCCAGUAUAAAAUGUCCUGAUACAUCCCCCCACAAAUUUCACCUGUAAAUACUAAAACUCAGCAGUAAGCCAUAGCUUAUUAUAUGAUACCAUUCAAAGCUUAGAGGCUGUCUUUUUUUAAUGAUAUUGUACUUCACUUUGUAGAUAAUCAACAAAUGGGGCUUGAACCUAUGCUGCUAUGGUAUUUGCCAGCUGUCCUUUCUAGGCAAGCGCUGACAGUGAUGUUUCACACACCCCUCCUCCCACAUUACAGUUUGAUUAUGCUACAGCUUGAAGUGUUAAUUCACAUCUGAAUGUUAACUUAUGUAUUUAGAGAGAUAAAUGAUUUUUAUCAGUGCGCUUGAAUUGAAAAAAACAAAGAAAAAAGUUUUGUCUGUGUUUUUUUUUUUUUUUUUUAAGUUUGUUUUGGAUUGAUAAUCAGGAUUCUAAGAUCUGCUUUUUCUUGUUUCUCCAAAACCAUGAGAACCUAAAUUUAUUCUUGGGUUUCUUGUACCUUGCAGCAAUAAGUUAUAUUGCAGUACACAAUCAAAACCUCAUUGCUUUGGGGUGCAAGAUGUAAACUCUUGGUUUUAUUACAAUCCCUGGAUUUCAAAUAUUUUGUUUUGUUUUGUUUUGUUCUUUUUUAUUUUUAUUUUUUUGUAAUUUAUCUUCUUGUGUGUAAGCCCAUGUUAGGGAGCCCUAAUACCCACUUGUAUAUUUAUAGCUUGAAUCAUUAUAUAGUCUGAAAGCCAUCACUGUAUGGUAAUGAUAAAUGUCACUUUAUAAAGCUACUGAUUGUAAUCUUGUAAAUGUCUAGGCCAGCAUUGCUCUCUGAGAUUCAACAGUGGCGUGUUUUUAUUUUGUGCAGACACUCUGACCAAAUAGAAAAAUCACCCCCCCCCCCCCCUUUUUUUUUUUUAAUACAUUGUAUAAAUGUAAUUCUCCUGUGCAAAACCCUGUAUUCAUUUUUGGGCUUUUUCAACAUUUACAUCCAUCAGUCUUUGGACAACAUCAGUUGAUAAAACAGAAAUCACAGCUCAUACCAUGCUAAGUAACUAUUUGGCUUUGGAUGUAGGUUUUCACCUUUUAAUCAGUUUAAAUUCAACAAUUUAAAUGUUUUAUUAUCUUACGUUUGUACCCAGAAUCACUCCACACGCUCCUUGAAUGUUACUGAUCUUGUAUCAUGUAUAUUUAUUUGUCCAUCACUGAUGUGUGGACCAAUUCCUCCAGACUUGCUUUUCUUGUGUGUUUGCUUUCUUCUACAUUGCCACUUUACUAUUAUGAGUCCUCUGUGUCUGGCCAGUCACACAGCAGCACAUUUAGAGAUUCUCUCUGUAGAUCUUAGUACUUUUUUGUCAUGCAUGAGUAAUCUCUCCACCCAGCGUGAACAUUGGGACCAACAGUAGACAAGCAUCAGAUUGGAACGCUGUUAAGUGUUCGUGUAGACAAGGGCCAGUGGCUAGAAAUAUGAUAUAGAGCUCCGUUUGGCCAUGUUGUGACAGCAAUCCUGUAUUUUCUUUCUUCUUCAUUUUUCACAACAAAUGAUUGUUUGUGAGCUCUGUUCAGUCUGAGUCGGAUGAUUGUGGUUAAUAAACUUUCCAGAUGUGUUUGAGCAAAAACUGUUUACUUCGAUAAUAGAAAUAACAUUUACACAGAUACAUAGUUGAAGAAAUUCUAUUUUACACACAUUAAUAGG